AUGGUUUCUUCCUUUUCGUACGCGGCGGCGCUGCUAUUUCUGUUCGCGACCUCCGGCUCGGCCCAGAACCUGAACUUUACGAUUGCCAACGGCCAGAUCUUUACGCCCGGUCUGGUCAUUCUCGACGCCCCACAGCCCGGCACACCACUCGGAGGAGACAAUCUUCAUGUUGCGCUGGACGUAUCCACGAACGGCAAGAUGCCGUUGCCGCCUUAUGCCUCGAACAGCCCAACCAAGAUCUUCAACGUCACAAUGUUCCUGUCCAGCUACACCACCGGCCGCAAUUUUACCAUCACCAACGGCACGGCAUCAGCCAACAACACUAGUCUGGGCGACAUCAUGUUCCAAGAGCCCGGCAGCACGGUGAAGCACGUCAACUGGAUCUGGCCCGACUGUCUGGUCGGCGAUGGCCAGCCAUCCUCGACCGGCAGCGACCGUGGCGCUUACAACAUUUCAAUCCGCCAAAACUACCGCUUAAACGGCGAAGACCACUACACAAUCUUUGAUGUGCCGAUUUCCGUCACAAACAGCAUCUCGCAAAAGAACGGGCGGCCUUCCUGCGAUGCGCUGAACAACCCCCUGCUCAGCGACCAAGAACUCAACGCCACAGCCGCAAACGCCAUCGGCGUCCUCUUCGCGCCGGGAGACUCGACGCAGAUCGAAGUCAAGGCCGGCAACGGCAACGACGACGGGUUAGGCGACACCAAGCCGGAGGCGACGCCCGGCGACGGCCUCGGAGCCGGCAGCACGCUCAGCUGGAGAGACGGGGCGCAUUGGCUGUGCCUGCUGAGCAUCGGCGCCGCACUGAUGCUGUAA